ACAACUACCCACCCCAUCCCGCACCCCUCUUUCGUGUCAUGGAAAAUUAUUCACCGAUUUUCCAAUACUCUUCUUCAACAUUAACAUCUUCAGCUUCAGCUUCAGCAGCUCCUAUGUUAUUAAUGAACCCGAUGACUUCAAAUGCCACAGGCAGUACUGAACAUCAAAGUCAUGACAAAGCAAAUAAUGGGGUACUAGGCUUGAUGUCUAGCGUGGAAGCUCCUACUUCAGGUGUUAUAAGUAAUCUUUCCCGGAGCAGCAGCAGCUUUGUUGGCACUGAAACUGAGGUCAAAUCGGGCAAGAAAAAGGCAGACAAGAAAAUUAGGAAGCCCAGAUAUGCUUUCCAAACCAGAAGCCAGGUUGAUAUUCUUGAUGACGGUUAUAGAUGGAGGAAAUAUGGACAAAAGGCUGUGAAAAACAACAAAUUUCCAAGGAGCUACUAUCGCUGUACGCAUCAAGGCUGCAACGUGAAGAAGCAAGUGCAGAGGCUAUCUAAAGACGAAGGAGUUGUGGUGACAACUUAUGAGGGGAUGCAUUCGCAUCCAAUCGAGAAAUCCACAGAUAACUUCGAGCACAUCUUGACUCAGAUGCAAAUUUACACUACUUCUUUCUGAUAUGUACUGCCAUGUUGUAAUGAUGAUUUUAGAUUUUUAAAAAAGUAUAUAACCGCAGCAAGAUUAAUAUGUUUCUUUGAACUUCACCAUAAUCCUGUUGCAAAGAAAGAAUAAA